GUUAACAGAUGUUAAACAAAACGAAAUGCCUGUCCAGGAUGGUUCAAUCGCUGAGGAGAUCACUGCGAAUCGGCAAAGUAAUAAAUCAAAAAAAAGAGGUCCACCACAUCAAAGAAGUCCAACAAUUAGGUCAACAUCCAAUAAAUACAGAAGACACUACAACAUUCCAGUACCCGACUACAGACCAUACAUACAACAAUAUAGACAAACACAAACACAACUACAAAACCAAAUUAUCUGGCACAAUUACAAUCAACACUAUUAUCAAAGAUUUCACCCAUACCACAAUCAACAACAAUACAGUAAUACACAAUUUCCACACAACAACCAACAUCACAGAAAUCCAUAUUUUCAAUAAGG